AUGGUGAUGGCAAUACUGAUAAUGGGACCUUCGCCAACAACGGCAGAGGAAGGGCAGACGCUGACCGACAAGACGACGGUGCAAAUAACCAACGGGCUCAAAGUGCAGCUGACAGCGCACUGCAAGUCCAAAGACGACGACAUCGGAGAGAAAUCGCUGGCGUUUGAUGAUUCCUUCGGCUGGACUUUCUAUCCCAAUUAUAUCCCGAACACGCUGUUCUUCUGUUCGUUUGAGUGGGACGGCAGCGGCGGCAAGAAGUACUUCGACAUCUACGACGAGAAGAGGGACGAGCAGCGCUGCACCGACUGCAAGUGGGCCAUUUUCCACAACGGGCCUUGUUUUUAUGACGAAAAAGCCAAACUUUAUGACGAUUGUUACCCCUUUAAUGACAGUUAG